UUAGCGGAAGGAUGGUGAUCCGAGGAGAGCUCGGAGACAUUAGAAGUGAUGCAUUUUUGAGAUGGUUCUUUCGAUGAAGAUAGAUAUGAUUUUGAAAUUUUUUCUUUUUUUCCAGAGUUGAAGCUUUAGAGAAGAUGAGUUUUUUCAGUACCAUUUUUGGGUUUUUCGGGUUCGGAAUUGGAAUUUCAUUUGGCCUUGUCGCUGGCUAUUUUCUCUUCAUUUACUCUGAAUCCGCCGAUGUUAAGGAUCCUGAGAUCCAACCACUAGCGAAUCAAGACUCUGAAACUCUCCAACGAAUAAUUCCUGAGAUUCCACUUUGGAUUAAAAAUCCAGACUUCGAUCGGGUUGACUGGCUUAACAGGCUUAUCGAAUACAUGUGGCCCUAUCUUAACAAGGUAAGUACAGUUUGUUUAAAAUAUGUAUGGCUUUUAUAUUAUUAUUUCCAGGAGCUUAUCAAAGAUCAGGUUGCGAAUAUGUAUUUAUGGCCCAAAACCCUCGACGUUCAAAUCAUGGAUCCGGCAAAAGCUAUGAGAAGGGCUAUUGGAAUUUUAGUUGUAAAAGUAGUGAGAGCAAUGAAGCUAAAGAAGAAAGAUCUUCUUGGUGCAUCUGACCCUUAUGUGAAGAUAAAGCUUUCUGGGGACAAUAUGCCAGCGAAAAAGACAACGGUGAAGCACAAGAACUUGAACCCAGAAUGGAAUGAAGAAUUUAAUUUGCUAGUGAAGGAUCCAGAAACACAGACACUAGAGUUUGAAGUGUAUGACUGGGAGCAGGUCGGGAGGCAUGAUUUUAUGGGUAUGAAUGUGGUGGCUCUGAAAGAGUUGAAAGAGGAAGAAACAAAGGUGAUAACACUGGAUCUGCUUAAGAACAUGGAUCCGAAUGAUGGGGCAAAUGACAAGUCCCGAGGUCAGAUAGUUAUGGAAUUAACAUAUAAGGCUUUCAAGGAGGAAGAGAUGGGGAAAGGGUUUGAAGAGACAGAGAUGAUGAUGAUGGAUAAAGCUCCAGAAGGGACUCCUCCAGGUGGAGGAUUGCUUGUAGUUGUAGUCCAUGAGGCACAAGACGUGGAAGGAAAGUACCACACGAAUCCACAAGUACGCCUCAUUUUCAGGGGAGAGGAGAGGAAAACCAAACACGUGAAGAAGAACAGAGACCCGCGGUGGGAAGAGGAGUUCCAGUUUGUGGUGGAGGAGCCUCCCACUAACGACAAAUUACAUGUGGAGGUUGUUAGCACUUCUUCCCGUAAUUUGCUUCGUCAGAAGGAGUCUCUCGGUUACGCUGACAUCUCUCUUGCUGAUGUUGUUACUAACAAGAGAAUCAAUGAGAGAUAUCAUCUCAUAGAUUCCAAGAAUGGUCGCCUUCAGAUUGAGCUCAUGUGGAGACCUUCUCAACCCGCCACUUGAUCACCACCACCACUUCCUUAUAUACCUUUUAACAAAGUUUAUUUAGGUGCAUAUCAUUUUCAUUGCUAUUCCUACCUCUUUUGAAUUUUAACAAAAUUUUCAAACCAAUCAAGUCUUCUGGAUAUAAUGUAGACCCAUUUAAU